UUUAUGUCAACGCAACUACCACCGCUAUUUAGUCCUCUCCGAUUGCUGCUCCGAAUUUCCCCUCCUUUCUUUUCUUCCCUAUCUCUCUUACACCCCCAAUACCCUCGAGUGAGGUCCUUAAUCUCGCCAUGAAAUCCCUCACUUGGGCUGCUUGCCUGGCACUGGCUGGUACAGCCUUUGCCCACGCUCACCAUGAUCACGAAGAGGUGCCAGAGCAUGUGCGCGAGGAGUUGCUGAGGAAAUGGGACCAGGAGUUCACCUUCUCCGGCAUUGCCAGCUUUGCCCACCUAAAGCCAGUCAAAUGCCUGAUCGAACCCGACGAACGGUACGACAUCGCCGUCAUCGGCGCCCCCUUCGACACGGCAGUCAGCUACAGACCAGGCGCUCGCUUUGGUCCGCGCUCCAUCCGGGCAGCUAGCGCCCGCCAAAUGGCCGGCACGAGCUACAACACCCGAGCGGGAAUCAACCCCUACGCCUCAUGGGCGACAGUCAAAGACUGCGGCGACAUCCCGAUCACCCCGUUUGACAAUGGCGUUGCGGAGCGCCAGAUGUACGAAGCCUUCCUGGAACUGGGCUCUCGCCCGGCCCUGACCACCGCCUCCUCCAAGUACGGCACGAAGGGCAUCUCGGCGGGCAAAUCGAAGCUCGUCACAUUGGGAGGCGACCACAGUGUCGCACUACCAGCCCUGCGCGCACUGUACCAAAUCUACCAGAAGCCCAUCACGGUGCUUCACUUCGACGCGCACCUGGACACCUGGAACCCCGUGCGCUACUCAGCCUACUGGACCUCCGAACAAGCGCACUUCAACCACGGUAGUUUCUUCCACAAAGCCAGCCGCGAAGGAUUGAUCUGCAACUCGACCUCCGCGCACGCUGGUCUCCGCACGCGUUUGACCGGCGUCGACGACAGCGACUACACCAACCCGGGUCCGGAGCAGGGAUUCAUGCGCAUCCACGCCGACGACAUCGACGACCUCGGACCCAUGGGCAUCGUGAACCGCAUCAUCGAGCGCAUCGGUCUGGACUCCGACCAGCCUGUCUACCUGUCCGUCGACAUUGAUGUCCUGGACCCCGCCACUGCGCCCGGAACUGGUACCCCCGAGCCUGGUGGCUGGACGACCCGCGAGUUCAUUCGCAUCCUGCGCGGCAUUGAGAAGCUGAACAUUGUUGGCGCCGAUAUCGUCGAGGUGUCUCCUAGCUAUGAUAACAAGGGCGAGACUACGGCCUUGGCGGCUGCGCAGGUGGCGUUUGAGAUUAUCACUAGCAUGGUUAAGGCUGGUGCGGGUGAAGAGUUGGGUGGAUGGUAUGGACGGAAGGUGAUGCCGGUUGAGGAGACUGUUGUUGAGGAGGCAGCAGAGGAAGCUGUGGAGAAGAAGGAGGCCAAGGAUGAGUUGUAAAUGAGAUAUACGAUAUGAAGUUAUGUGAAUGUAUGUAUGUAUGUAUGUAUAAUGAACGAGUUGAGUUACUAGUC